AACAUCUAGGCAUAUUUGGCUGCAUUGCUCUGAACUGGACUCAACUCACAUUUGUUAUCAGUGUUGUGAAAGGCUGAGGCGAAAGCCCGUGUGUGAAGACCUUACAAGAUGAGACACCUGCUCUGUCUGACGGUGUUGUGGGGAAUGCUGUCUUCCCCAACCAGUUCUGUACUCAGCCAAUCAACAGGGGAGUUGAGGAUUGUGCUGCUGGGUAAGAGUGGAGCAGGAAAGAGUGCAACAGGAAACACUAUCCUAGGCAGAGACGACGCCUUCAGGGAAGAUUUGACCUUUAAGCGUGUCACAUCAUCAUCCAGUAAACAAAGUGGAGAGGUCUUCGGCAGAAAGGUCCAUGUUGUGGACACCCCGGGAUUGUACGGCACGUCCAAGACAGAAGAGCUGAAAAGAGAGAUUGAGAGGUGUGUCAACUUGUCCAUGCCUGGACCUCAUGUCUUCUUGCUUGUUGUCCGGCUUGACGUGAGGUUCACUGUGGAGGAGAGUAAUGCUGUUAAGUGGAUCCAGGAAAACUUCAGCCAGAGAGCCUCACAGUUCACCAUCGUGCUGUUCACACACGGUGAUAAGUUGAAGGGCAAACCUGUUGAAAGCGUCUUGAGCGAAGGUCUCCGCACCUUGAUAGACAACUUUGGCGGUAGAUACCACACCUUCAACAAUGUAGAGACACAGGUGAAAGAUCAGACACAGGUUACAGAGCUGCUUCGAAAGAUAGAUGAAAUGUUGAAGAGCAAGGCAGGAGAACACUACACCAACAAGAUGUACCAGGCAGCCCAGCAGAAGAUAAGAGAAGAGGAGGAGAGGAAGAGGCAGGAAGAGCAAAACAAACAAGAACAGAUGGAUGAGCAGAUCAGGCAGAAUGAAAGAUGGAAAAUUUACUUAAAGGAGAAGCUGAAGGAGUAUGUGUGUCCGCUGAUUUUACCAUUGACAUUGACAUACAUGGGACAGCCAACCAGCACAAUUAGAGAAGUGUCACAGCCACUGGCUCGAGAGUUGAGGAUUGUUCUGGUGGGGAAGAGUGGAGCAGGAAAGAGUGCAACAGGAAACACCAUCCUUGGGAGAGAGGCAUUCAAUGAAGAUGUGAACUUUGAGUCGGUCACAUCACUGUCCAGUAAAAAGAGCGGUAUGGUCUCUGGCAAGAAGAUCCUUGUGGUGGACACCCCGGGAUUGUUUGACACAACCAUGACGGCGGAGAAACUGAAAAGCGAGAUUGAGAAGUGUGUCAACAUUUCUCUACCUGGUCCUCACGUUUUCUUGCUGGUGAUUAAGAUUGGGAUGAGGUUCACGGAGGAGGAAAGAAGCGCUGUGAAAUGGAUCCAGGAGAACUUUGGUGAGAGAGCCUCCCAGUUCACCAUGGUUCUGUUCACACACGUUGAUCAGUUGAGAGGAAAAAAGAUGGAAGACACGUUCAAUGACAAGAUUGAUGAUUUGAUAGAAAGCUGUGGUGGUAGAUUUCAUGCUUUUGAUAACCUGGAAAAGAAUGACACAACUCAGGUGGAAAAGCUUUUGGAUAAGAUUGAUGCGUUGGUGGAGAAGAACGAUGGGGAGUACUACACAAAUGGCAUGUAUCAGGAUGCUCAGAGGAAGUUGAGAGAAGAAGAAGACAAGAUGAGACUGGAGAGACAGGAACGCAUAAAGGAGCAGAGGAUGGAACGUGAUGAAAGGAUUCGAGAAGAGGAAAGAAAGAAGAGUGAAAAGGAAAAGAAAGAAAAAGAAGAGGAAGAACAAAAGCAAGGCAAGCGUCGCGUGGUGUGCAGCACUAUUGGGGGUGGUUUAGGGGCUGGCCUUGGUGCCUUUAUUUCAGUGUUUACUGCUUCCCCAGUGGGGCUUGUAGCAGGGGCUGCAGCAGGAAACUACCUGUCAGAAAAGCUAUGUUACUGGGCAGCUUGA